AUGUUGAGGAAGCCUGAGCAUGAAGUCUUUCUGGAUGACGACGGUGAUGAUGGCAAGAGGAAGUGUAGCAACAAGGUGGUGUAAGUAUAUGACUUGGUAUUGUUAUGAUGAAACUACUUUGGGUUUUAAUUUUUUUUUGAAAAGUUAUUUAGUACUAGUCGUACAACUUGCAUUUUUUAUUUUAUUAUGCUGCUUAGUACUGUAUUUUUUGGUGGCUUUGGUACUAUAUGAUACAGUUUGUGAAUUAUUUUUUAUUUUCAAAUAUUUUUUAAUUUCGAACUUUUUAUUGUAUAUUUAGAUACCAAGCUCAAUACUAUGGUAAAAAACUCAGAAACCUUUGUUACUUUAGUAAAAUAACAAUAUUAAUAUGCACUCUGAUACUAUCCAUUCUGUUCUAUAACAUGUAUCAAUCACAUCUACGUUGGAUUGAGAAACUACCACUAGACAAGACAUAUAUAGUAUUGUCAUCCGACUUGAGUAUGUACUAUCUCAUGCAUGCUCCAUUAGCUAUCAUGUACUGGAAUAGUUUGGGCGUGAAAGCAAUAUUGUUGAUUACGUUGAAAGAAAACGAAAAUGUCGAUGAUGACAACCUCGCCUUGAGUCAUAUCUUAAACUUUUUGGAAGGUGGGGCUAUGGUAAGUUGGCUUUGGGGAGGAGGGGAGGUGGAAAAAAGGAAGGGCGGGGGAGAACAGGGAAAGGGAAGGGUGGAAAUUUUACUUCCGAAGGUAUUAUAUUAUCAAUAAAAUAAUAAUUAAAAAUGUUAUAAUUAUAUUAACUUAAAAUAAAAUAUUAUGUUAUGCUAUUCUAGUUGAAUCUCCUUUAUCUAACACAUAUAAGACUUAUCACAGUCUCACUUUUCGUAUGUUUCGGCCUACACAAGACACACGAAAAAAUUCUUACUAUCCUAUACCAACUGGCCUCGUCAGUUGUGGUUGGUAUAGGUGUUUAGAAAUAAAUGCCAAAAAUCUCGGAAAAUUAAUUUUUUAAAAUUUAUUGUUUUUUUAAUUACAAAAAAAAGUUGAAUUCAAAGAAAAUUUUGAAAGGAAUGAUCAGACUAUCCACUCAAUUUACAGACCAAAAUCAUCUACUUCCGCAACUACACCAUUCCAUCCGGUCGAUUUGCUCAAACCGUUCGUGCUUUUGCUGCAGGCACUGAAUUCGCCCAUUCUUUGCCAGAUGACACUGUCUUUAUCACCUCCGAUGUCGACUUUUUCCCUAGCAAAAUCGAGAACCAUGUGCCGCGAAUCUACGCGGGAAACGAGAUCUUCAUCUAUGACAAUGAUUGUUGUAGACACAUGUAUUGGCAUGGGGAACGCUACAAGGAGUACAUCAUGAUCACGGUGGGAAUGACGUUGAGGAAGUGGAGGGAGGUCAUUGGUAAGGAGAAUAUUAAAUAUUAGGUUGUUCAAAUAAUUCUGUGCCCUAUUUGGGCAAUUUUUUUGGAGUGUUGGAUAGCAUAUUUGAAAACAAGACAUCUGUUAUGAAACUAAUCAAAAUACAAUAGGUUAAAUUUUUUCAGAAUUACCUAUGGAUACUCCUGUAACAAGUAAAUUUAUCGACACACAUAUCAGUGAAACUUUUGACAACAAUUGGAACAAUAAAAAGGUAUAUUGGCUAUGGUUUUUAGACCAACGAUUCUUCAGUUUGAAGUUCAAACAUUGGAUCGACAAGCAUCAAGAUGAGUAAGUUUCUGAAGCCUUUAUCAAAGUUUCGAAAAAUUUAAAAUUUAUUUUGGGGAUUUAUUAUAUUUUUUCCUACAUUAACAUAGACUUGGCUAUUCUAUGUAAAUGUAGGUGGGGCUAAUUUACAGGCCAGUUUUGUUAGUCUAGACCUUUUGUUUGGCUGAUUUUGGUUUAGUUUGUCCUGGUCGGCCGUUUUUAUUAAUUUUAGGCUAAUUUAACUUUAUUUUUCGCUUUAUUUGAUCAUAGGUCUUGGUCUUACAAAUAUUUAUGUUAACAAUUACGUUAAAUGUAAUUUCUCAAGCAAUACAAUUCAGAUACGACACAGUAGUCCGCUCCUUCUACCGUAAAAGAAUGCCCAGACUUGAGCGUUUUGAUUGGCCAAAUGCGACAGAAUUCGAAAAUAUGAACGUUUGGAAACGCUACGAAAGUGCUCACAUUGCUCCAGGCGUUAUAUUAGACCCGGUAUGGGAAACCAACCUGCCCUUCUACAAGAAAAUACUCAGCCCUGGACAGUUGAAGGCAUUUGCAGUCUUAAGAGACUUUGUUAUCAAGAAUGUGGAUGUAAAAGAGGUCACCAAGUAUCAUUAUCAUCCAGAACAGAACGACCCGUACUGGAAGAGAACGUUCCACAUCAAGGGAAUGCAAAAUAAAACCAAACAUUUUUAUGACGAGGGAAGGCAUAAAAGGUUAGCGUUGUCAUGA